CAGAGAGGUUAACCCCUAACAGAUGUGCUUUGUUCCUCCAAAUUACAACUCAUAUAGUUUUUGAGGACUGAGGUGAGGGAACUAUGGCUGUAGUACAGGAACUUUUCCAGAUUCCCAGUUUGGUCACCCUGCUUGUUUCUGUACUGGUGCUUUUGAUCCUGUAUCUGCUGAUCAACACACAAAACCGAGGCAAGGAGCCUCCAGGACCCAGACCUUUGCCUCUUCUAGGAAACCUACUGCAGCUGGAUCUCAAGAGGCUCGAUCUGAGCCUCUUCCAGCUAUCUCUGAAGUAUGGACCUGUGUACACCAUUCACUUUGGGCCACAGAAAACUGUGGUUCUUGCAGGCUAUAAGGCAGUGAAAGAAGCUCUCAUCAAUUUUGCUGAAGAAUUUGGGGACCGAGACAUGGCACCUAUAUUCAAGGAUAUUACAAAAGGGCACGGCAUCGUGUUUGCCAAUGGAGACUCAUGGAAGGAGAUGAGGCGCUUUGCACUAUCAACCCUUCGUGACUUUGGGAUGGGUAAACGAGGGAUUGAGGAGAAAAUUAUUGAGGAGAUCCACUACAUGACAGAGGUGUUUGCAAACGUCAAAGGCAAACCAUUUGACACCAGUGAAGCACUGAAUCACUCAGUCUCCAACAUCAUUUCUUCCAUUGUCUACGGGAACAGGUUUGAAUAUGACGACCCAGAGUUCCAGAAGAUGGUCUAUCUGGCAAAGAAACUUAACAACCUCAUUGGGGCACCUGGCAUUAAUCUGUACAACAUCUUUCCAAGGUUGCGCCCUUGGCUGAAGGUAUGGACCACCCUGAUGAACACUAUGGAGGAGAACAAUGAGCAGCAGAGAGGACUUAUAAGGAAACUCCAGGAAACUCUGAACGCUGAGGACAAGAGAGGCUUUAUAGAUGCCUUCCUUCUCCGACAGCAGGAAGUCAAGAAGUCUGGGGAGCAAGUUUCUCAGUAUUAUCAUGAGAAGAACCUUCUGUACAACGUAACCAACCUUUAUGCAGCUGGAACAGACACCACUGCGACCACACUGUGUUGGGGGCUGCUGUUUAUGGCCAAAUACCCCAAUAUCCAAGACCGUGUACAGGAGGAGCUGGACAGGGUCAUUGGGGGUCGGCAGACUCGAGUGGAGGACAGGAAGAACCUGCCGUAUACAGACGCUGUGGUCCAUGAGAUACUGAGGAUGGCCAACAUAGUUCCUCUGAAUCUCCCACAUGUCACAAGCUGUGACGUGGUCUUCCAGGGAUACCACAUCAGGAAGGGAACUGCUGUCAUCCCAUUGUUGACAUCUGUACUAAGAGAUGAGAGUGAAUGGGAGAGUCCCAAUACCUUCAACCCCGGCCACUUCCUGGAUGAUCAGGGUCGGUUCAUAAAGAGGGAUGCCUUCAUGCCCUUCUCUGCAGGACGCCGAAUAUGCCUGGGAGAGAGUCUGGCCAGGAUGGAGAUCUUCCUCUUCUUCACCUCGCUCCUGCUGAAGUUCAGGUUCACUCCACCUCCUGGGCUGUCUGAAUCUGAUCUGGACCUCACUCCAACUGAUGGGUUGGUCGUCAGCCCCCCCGCCCAUAAACUGUGUGCUGUAAGCCGGGCUUGAAGCUCCUGAACUUUGAUAGUUUUAUGUAGUAAGAUAUCAUCCUCCACAUGGCUUGAGUAAUUACAGCAAAUAAAAUGUGAAAAAAUAAUAGAUUGUAUGUGUCAUUCAUUGCAUGUGUUAUAGAACAAGAACAAAAACUGAAAUCCACAAUAUGUUUGCACAGUAUUUACUGUAUAAAGAACA